GCUCCAAGUAAGAAAAAAGCUUUUACGAGGUAUCAGCACUUUUCUUUCAUUAGGGGGAAGGAGUGAGGAAAGUACCAAACAGCAGCAGACUUUUAAACUUUAAAUAGACAGGUCUGAGUGCCUGGGCUUGCUUUUUCAUCUUACUUCAUCCUCUGAGGAGUUCAAUCACUUGGCUUGCCUACUUCACUUCUUUUAAGAGAAAGAGUGUCAUCUCCUUGGAUGGAGUUCCUCACUCCUCAGCUCCCAGCUCAUGUCGUUGUUCUGUGGAGGCUGAUGUAGAUUGACUGUGUGAUGAAAAAAGGCAGUACCCAGGCAACAUGGGUGACUGGAGUGCCUUAGGCAAACUCCUUGACAAGGUUCAAGCCUAUUCCACCGCUGGAGGGAAGGUGUGGCUGUCAGUCCUUUUCAUUUUCCGAAUCCUGCUACUGGGGACAGCCGUUGAGUCAGCCUGGGGUGAUGAGCAGUCUGCCUUUCGUUGUAACACUCAACAACCUGGUUGUGAAAACGUCUGCUAUGACAAAUCCUUCCCAAUCUCUCAUGUGCGCUUCUGGGUCCUGCAGAUCAUAUUUGUGUCUGUCCCCACACUCUUAUACCUGGCUCAUGUGUUCUACGUGAUGCGAAAGGAAGAGAAACUGAACAAGAAAGAGGAGGAACUCAAAGUUGCCCAAACUGAUGGUGCCAAUGUGGACAUGCACUUGAAGCAGAUUGAAAUUAAGAAGUUCAAGUAUGGCAUUGAAGAGCACGGCAAGGUGAAGAUGCGAGGGGGCUUGCUGAGAACCUACAUCAUCAGUAUCCUCUUCAAGUCUGUCUUCGAGGUGGCCUUCUUGCUGAUCCAGUGGUACAUCUAUGGAUUCAGCUUGAGUGCCGUUUACACUUGCAAAAGAGAUCCCUGCCCGCAUCAGGUGGACUGUUUCCUUUCUCGGCCCACGGAGAAGACCAUCUUCAUCAUCUUCAUGCUUGUCGUGUCGUUGGUGUCUCUUGCCUUGAACAUCAUCGAACUCUUCUAUGUCUUCUUCAAGGGUGUUAAGGAUCGUGUGAAGGGAAAGAGCGAUCCUUACCACACUACCGCUGGCCCACUGAGCCCCUCCAAAGACUGUGGAUCUCCAAAAUAUGCUUAUUUCAAUGGCUGCUCCUCCCCAACCGCUCCUCUCUCGCCCAUGUCUCCUCCCGGGUACAAGCUGGUCACCGGAGACAGAAACAACUCUUCCUGCCGCAAUUACAACAAACAAGCCAGUGAGCAAAACUGGGCCAAUUACAGCGCAGAACAAAAUCGAAUGGGGCAGGCAGGCAGCACCAUCUCUAACUCCCACGCACAGCCUUUUGAUUUCCCAGAUGACCACCAGAAUUCUAAAAAACUUGAUGCUGGCCACGAACUACAGCCUCUAGCCAUUGUGGACCAGCGGCCUUCCAGCAGAGCCAGCAGUCGCGCCAGCAGCCGACCCCGGCCUGAUGACCUGGAGAUCUAGGUCCAAUCGAGAUCCCACUCAGUUGUGGAGAAGAAACAGGUGCUAUAAAAAAUGCACCUUAGGUGUUCAUUUUGUUCCAUUGGAGGUGGUACUCAACAGCCUUGUCAUGAGGCUUAGGAAACACAAAGACAUUAGAAUACCUGGUUCAUUGGGGGUGUUAGGGAUAGGCGGGUGGAGAGGGAGGGGAUGAGGGAGGUACAUGUUGGUAUUUAAUGUAGUUGAUUCAAAAAGCUUAAGUUCUAAGUAAAGGUUGCAUUAGGUGGUCCAUAGGUAACAGCUUUUUCUUUCCCACACACCCCUAAGAAUAGUUCUGUGUAUGUGAAAGAGUCAGUGAUAUUUUUGGUUAAAUAUGUUUUUGUUCUACCAAGAAACUGAAAUAAGUUUGACCAGGAGAAAAUACUUUCUGAACAUUUUACUUACCUUUAUCAAGAAAAAGACAGAGGAUUGUCUUUAUGUCCCUGCUAAAAACAUUCCAUUGUUAAAAUUUGCACUUUGAAGGUAAGCUUUGUAGGCCUGACCCUCCAGGUGUCAAUGAACUUGAGCUACUAGAUUUUUUAUUCGUGGUAUCAGUUAAGAGUUCAGACAAGGCCCACAAAAGAAGACUUUCCAUGCAUUUGCAAAUCUCAGCUGGUUCUGUACAUUCUUUUUUUACAUUCACUUGCAUAUAGUAUUACCAUCACUUUGCAUCAUUCCUCAACUACUAUUCAUAUUCGUUUAAUGAUUUCUGUAAACAUUUUAAAAGCAGUUGGGAUAUCACUUAAACAUUUUUUGAGUUAGAGUCAGGGAAGCAAGCCAUGCUCAAUAUUUAACAGUCACUUGUCUGUGAAUGUGUGUGGAAGAGUGUGUUUUAUUUGUCAUGUAUUGGUACAAGUAGAUGCAGUACAAACUCACAAACACAGAUUUGAAAAUAAUGCACACGUGGUGUUCAAAUUUGAACCUUUCUCAUGGAUUUUGUGGUGUGGGCCAAUAUGGUGUUUACAUUAUAUAAUUCCUGCUGUGCAAAUAAAGCACAUUUUUUUUUUCCCUAAAAUGUUUUUUCUCCAUGUAUCCUAUUAAGGAUACUGUUUUUUUUUUUUUUAAUUUAGAUUCUUUUUUUUCUCUUUUUUCUUUUUUUUUUUAGAAUAUAGCAGUAAUGUUAUUGCUGAAAUGAAUGAUUUUCUCUUUCUGAAAUAUAAUCAUUGAUGCUUGAAUGAUAGAAUUUUAGUACUGUAAACAGGCUUUAGUAAUUAAUGUGAGAGACUUAGAAGAAAUGCUUAGAGUGGACUAUUAAGUGUGCCUAAAUGAAUUUUGCAGUAACUGGUAUUCUUGGUUUUGUCCUACUUAAUACACAUUAAUUCAGAACUUGUAUUCUAUUUUGAGUUUGACAGUCUAUUGGAGUAACCAGCAACAUUGAUGUUUGCACUAAGAUUUUAUUUGGAAUGCAAGAGAGGUUGAAAGAGGUUUCAGUAGUGCACAUGUAACUAAUUUAUUUGAAAUCUAUCCUAAAGAAAUCUACCAGUUUCUUCAAAUGCUUUUUAAAAAUUCAUCACAGAUGAUUAGUGAAAAUACAAAAUAUUGUACUUUUCUUGUUGCUUGUCAGCUACAUGAAGAGUUACAAUGAGAAAUGCUAAUUUGUUUGACAUUCCAUGUUAAACUAUUGUCAUGUUCAGCUUCAUUGCAUGUAAUGUAGACCUAGUCCAUCGAUCAUGUGUUCUGGAGAGUGUUCUUUAUUCAAUAAAGUUUUAAUUUAGUAUAAAGAUA